AUGGACUCAAUAUUAAAAGGAUCUCCUAUGUCUAAGGAUGGACCAUUAGGUUAUAAAGGUCCUUUGGCAACAAUCAAAUAUUAUGGUUAAAAAGAUCCAGGGAAAACCUUAUUUGAAACUAAUGACUUUGCUUUCCAAUUACGAGCCUUUGGUUUAUGGUCAGCACUUGGUCCAAUAGGACCUUUUCGAGACCACUGGGACCACUGGAACCAAUAGGAGCUCAUAGAUACAGAGUGGAUCUUAAUGGGAACUACAUUUAUGGAACAAAUAUAUACCAGAACAUAUCCUUUGUAUGAAUUUUAUUAGAGCAGUUACGCUAAGACGAUAUUGUUGGAUACAUCAUUUCUAGUUGAGAAUGAUAUUUGGUGCAUAUCAUAUUGGUUCUUAACCCUUCAAUUAAAUAUUUACAUUUGUUUUGACUCCUCUGGCAGGUUUAGAUUCUUACUCUUUGAUUUUACGAGAGAAAGAUGGUAGAGUAAUGGCUUAAUCAAAUUUGGAGAACUAAAUUCAAACCAUAUAAUUGAAUGUGAAGCUGAAUACUUAACUUACUAUUGA